AUGCAGGGAGAGGCAACCAAACAUUGCGAACUCUUUCUUAUCACAAAUUAUUUAUUGGAAUACUAUGUGUACUUUGCCUCCACAUUGCGUGAAAGAAGAGUAGCAUUCAAGAAUACUACGACGACAACGACGACAACGACGACAACAACGACCUCAACGACGACAACAACGAAGACGGCAUCUACCACAACGAGUCUGACGACGACAGCAACAACAGCAACACCAACCACAUCGACAACAGAAGCAGAACCAAUUAAAACCACUAAAACCUCAAAGUUAACGACGCUGUCUCCAAUUACAGAGCCGAGACUCGUUACAGGAGAGAAGAAUCAUAAUAAGAUGGAAGGGGAAGAUGAUAAGUUAUUUGUAAUCUCCAGUUCCCUUGUUUAG